UCGGGAAAGCAGGCUGGAGGUGGAGGUUAGGUGUCUGGAGGAGGGUUGCUGAGCUUCAGGACGCGCCACCGUCGCGGAGAAGUAUCCAGACGCCUGGGCAGGAGCGCCCGAAAGAAUGCUGCUGUGAAGACAUAAUUAUAGCUCUCACACAAAUGAAGCCUAUCAUGAUUUAGUGUCCCUGAAAGGAAGAACUUCAGUGGACAAGAGAGGGCAUUUCUGGCAAUAGUAGAAUGCUUGAGGCCUGAGUUUAAACUUGAGCGACUGCCUGAAGCUAUUAAAUAAUAAAAGAAAAUGGAAUUGAAUAUAUCAGCAUGGAACAGUCUAAUGAUUCAUUAAGAGUCAACCAUAAUGAUUCUGAAGAAUCAAAAACAGAUUCUCAGGUAUUUGAGCAUCUAACCUGUAUGGACUCCAGGGAUCCUUCCUUUGGACAAAAUGGUUCUCCUAGAAUUUUACCCAUCACCUCUCAUGAAGUAGAUAAUUCACUCACAUCACAGAAUAUACCAGGGACCCUGACUCAGACACAGACUCUUUCUACAGAACAAUUCCAUCUAGUGGACCAAAAUGGGCAGCCUAUUCAAUAUGAACUUCAGUCAUUGGGGGAUUCUAAUGCACAAAUGAUGAUUGUUCCUAGCCCAUCAGAAAAUGGACAGGUGCUGCGUGUAAUUCCAUCUACCCAGACAGGAAUGGCACAAGUAAUUAUUCCUCAGGGGCAACUUGUGGAUGUGAAUAGCCCUCAGGAUGUCUCUGAAGAGAAACCCGGUGACAGAAACUUACCAACCAUAAGAGUGGAUGUUCUAGCAGACAAUACCAGUAAUUAUACUCUUCAUCCACAAGCAUCCCUCACAUUGCCCAAAAAGACCGUGGCCAGAAUGCUUGAAGAGCCCUUUCUGGCUCCUCUCCAGCCACUUUCUUCUAACACACCUAUGUGGGCUUGCCGUCUUAGGAGCUGUGAGAAAAUUGGAGAUUCUUACCGUGGCUACUGUGUAAGUGAGACUGAAUUAGAAAGUGUCCUAACAUUUCACAAGCAGCAAACUCAGAGUGUUUGGGGGACCCGCCAAUCUCCAAGUCCAGCCAAGCCAGCUACACGCUUGAUGUGGAAAUCUCAAUAUGUUCCAUAUGACGGAAUCCCAUUUGUCAAUGCAGGGAGUAGAGCCGUGGUAAUGGAGUGUCAGUAUGGGCCAAGGAGAAAAGGUUUCCAGUUAAAAAAAAUCAGUGAACAGGAAAGCAGGUCUUGUCAGCUCUACAAAGCCACUUGUCCAGCCCGGAUUUACAUUAAAAAGGUACAGAAGUUUCCUGAAUAUAGAGUUCCUACAGACCCCAAAAUUGACAAGAAAAUAAUCCGAAUGGAGCAGGAAAAAGCCUUUAACAUGCUAAAGAAGAAUUUGGUAGAUGCUGGUGGUGUUCUUAGAUGGUAUGUACAGUUACCUACAAAGCAAGCUCAUCAGUAUCACGAGUUAGAAACUUCCUGCCUUGCUUUGUCACCUUCCCCUUUUCCUGUGCCUUCUCUUGAAGAAGAGGAAACUGCAAUUAGGGAUGAAAAUUGCGCAUUACCCUCACGUCUACAUCCUCAAGUAGCACAUAAGAUUCAAGAAUUAGUGUCACAAGGAAUAGAACAAGUGUAUGCAGUAAGGAAACAGCUAAGAAAAUUUGUGGAAAGAGAACUAUUUAAACCUGAUGAGGUGCCUGAAAGACAUAACUUAUCCUUUUUUCCAACUGUAAAUGAUAUUAAAAAUCACAUCCAUGAGGUACAGAAAGCCUUAAGAAAUGGAGAUAAUGUGUAUAACUCAGAUAUUAUUCCAGCAACGCUUCAGUGGACUACAGAUAAUGGGCAUAUUCUCAGAGAGACUGUGACAGUUACAUUUGCAGAAGGAAAUUCACCAGGAGAAUCAAUUAGCACCAAAGUGGAAACAAAUCAGACAAGGGGUUCUUUGUCUCCAGAGCCAGCCCACUUGCUCUCUUCACUUUCCUCAUUUCAGCCAAAAGUAUUUACUCAACUGCAGGGUUUGCAGUUGCAACCAAGAUUCACUUCUCCUGAUGGAUCACCGACUCUGAUAUCAGUAAAUAACCACCCUUCCUCCAGUCCUUCAAGACUUCUGGACUCAUUAGAAAGUACUGUAAUGAAUAAUAAUUCUCUACUGCUUGGUCAAAGUCAUAGCCUUCAAACAGAUACAUGCCUGACCCCAAACAAUAGCAUUAUUACCUCUACCAUGGGUAACCUUCCAGGACCAGAUCAAAAUCUAGCUGCAAUGGACCAGCUGGUGCAAGUUGGAGAUGUUGAGGAUACAGAGAAUAUGGAAGGAAGUGUUCAUCGGAUUCUGUUGGGAAAUGUGCAAACCAUCCCAAUACAAAUUAUAGAUAACCACCCAGCUAUUAUUGGAGAAAAUCCAGAAGGUACCGUUUCUGUGAACCAAGUUAAGCAAGAACCCAAAGAACCAGCAUUGUCUAUGGAAGCAAAAAAAAAUUUGGACUGUAGAAACUGGAACUAUCAAUAUUUUCAUGUAAGUAUUUCAAUGAGUAGCUCUUUAAAAAUGGUUUCUAAAUUUUUAAAAAUUCAUUUCCCCUCUAAGUGCAUGUUCAGUCACAGUAUAUCAGUAUUGUAUUUUAAGGGUGCUUAGCAUCGCUUUUAUAAAAGUGUGUUUACAUAUUUUAAAUAUUUGAUUAAUUUUUAAAUGCACAGGGUGUUAAAUACAAGUGCAUAAAAUUUUCAGUAUCUAUAUUUGGCAUUCUCCUAACAGCUCUACAGCAAAGUUUGAUAUAUGCUCUUUUGUGUCAUGUAUUACAAGGUGUAAUAUCUGUAGUAGUAAGUUGGACAUUCAAAAUAAGCAGUUAGAAAUUUAUAAUUACAGUUGAGCUUUUUUCAUCAUUGUAGUUUUCAUGUUCCAAAGCCUCCCAGUGAAUUUUAUAUAUGCUACAGUGAAUUAUAGAUAAACACCACCAUGGUGGGCUUUUCCCUCAAUAAUAAUUUUCUCCACAAGCAGUUAACAUGCUUAAAAGAAAAAGUUUUUACAUGAAGUACCUUGUCUUAUCCAAGGUAAAUGUUUUCUAAAAGUCACAAAAAUGGUAGAAAAUGGGAUCUGGUCCGCAUUAGAGUUUCUAAUUUUGAGGCCCACCAGCUUGUGUUUCAUCUUUACAUCCUGUCAAAGUACUUAAUCAUGUGAGUAUGAGAAAGAUGUCAUUUAAUUUGUACCAGGUUUUUUAAAAAGUUUUAAAAUGUGUGUGUGUGUGUAUAUACAUAUAUAUAUAUAUUGUAACAAUGUAUAGUGUCUUUGUUAUAAUGUAAUUUUUUCAUUAAAAGAAUCCUGUGGUUUUUUUUCUUAAAUUUGUUAGUUUUCUUUUUAAUACUUUUUCUGGGGAUAGUGGUAGUUUUGUUCAUCUUUAAGAUGCUGAAUAAACACCUUAAAUACCUGA